GAGGGCUCCCACCCGCACACGGCCCACAGCCCGGGCCCGGCCGGGGAGACCGCUCCUGGGGAGCCCGUGGCAGCUGUGGGCCUCCCCUGCCCGGCAGGAGCUGGAUGAGCAGGACUCAGCGGGGGCUGAGGGUGCAUUAGUGCCUCGUGUCGUCCAGACCGGAGCCAGUCCAGCACCGAGAGCUGUGGGGCAGGACGCGACGCAGGCCAUGCAGCCCCCUUGCGAGGCCGAGCUGCCCUCCGCGACCCCACAGCUGGCAGCGCGGGAUGAGCUCCCCACCCCAGAGCCCUGGCGCCAGCUCUUCCGUGGCCUGCGCUACCGGGAAGCCGAGGGCCCAGGGAAGAUUUGCAGCCGCCUGCGGGAGCUGUGCCGGCGCUGGCUGGAGCCCCAGCACCGCAGCAAGGAGCAGAUGCUGGAGCUGGUGGUGCUGGAGCAGUUCCUGGCCAUCCUGUCUCCGGAGAUGCGGAGCUGGGUGUGCGGGUGUCACGUGGAGACAUGUGCCCAGGCCGUGGCCCUGGCCGAGGGGUUUCAGCUGGGGCAGGCGGAGGAUGAGAAGCUCCAGGUCACGGCGCGUGUGAAGGUCGAGGAGGGGUCGUCGGACCAGAUGCAGCCCCCGCGGGCCCUGACGGAGCCUGGUGAUUCCUGGGGGCAGCAGCCAAAUGCCCAUGGUGAGGACAGGUGUCUGGAGGAGGCAGGAGAGCGGGAAACCCCAGGGCCCGAGGAUGAACUGCCCCAUGUCCCCGAAGAGGAGCCCCCGCCCAACCCGGAGCCAGGUGCUGGGACCCUGAGCAGAGCGGAUCAGCAGCCUCCAGAGGAAGGGCCUGUAAACCUGGAGCCGCAGAGACCCUCCCCAGGGAGACGGGGACAGAGCGGCUCCCUGACACCUGGGCCGGGCCAGCUGCAGGAGGGGCAGGGCAGGCCGGCGAAGCAGGGGCAGAGCAUGGAGCUCUCGGAGGUGUUUGAGGACGUGGCAGUGUACUUCACACGGGAGGAGUGGGAGCUGCUGGAAGAGGAGGACAAGGGGCUUUACUGGGACCAGAUGCUGAGGAACUACCAAGCCCUCCUUUCCCUGGCUCCGGGAGGUGUUCGAGGACGUGGCAGUGCAUUUCACACGGGAGCAGUGGGAGCUGCUGGAAGAGGAAGACAAGGGGCUUUACCGGGACCAGAUGCUGAGGAACUACCAAGCCCUCAUUUUCCUGGGUAA